GGCAAAAGGCGUCGGCUGUGUGCCGAUGAUCGUAGCUGAAAAUCAGUCGAGUUUGCGUGCCGGCUCCAGGCUGGGGCAGUACGAGGAGGUAGCGGGUGACGGAAGCGUGGGUGGCGGCAACGAGGCUGGUGGAACUGCAACCACUACCUCGGAGCCAGGUGUAAUGCAAAAAGAGGAGCCAGAGGCGCAAAACGGGAACUCCUCAAAAGAAGCGAACGCAGUAACAGUAACUACACCUAGCGGCGUCGCGACGACGACGUCUACGACACCCGCGACCACGUCUAACACGAUGCCAGGUGGAGGCGCUCGCAGCGACGACGAUGAGGAGGAGGAGGAGGAGGCCGAAGAAGAAGAGGACGACGUGGAGGAAGACGAGGACGUGGAAGUGGAGGGUGGAGCGGCGCAGGAGGCGGUCGGUGGCGGUGUUCUAGUAAACGAGGGUGGGGGUGGAGGCGGCAUGGCCGGCUUCUGGAGGCAGAGCAGACCCUCCAGUCCCCGCAUGCCGCCUCCGGAGCAGCCGGAGCACAGGCCUAAGAGCCGACACGAGCCGGCGCCCGCGAGAUACAACAACCUCGGAUACUGGAGGGCCAGAAGAGUGACAUUCUACAAAAAUGGCGACCCGUAUUUCCCAGGAAUCGAGUUCAGGUUUAAGCCGGGGAGGGACAUCGGCUCCCUGGAGGCACUUCUGGACAGAUUGUCUCUUCGAAUGGACCUGCCCAGAGGAGCACGACACAUCUUCUCGAUGGACGGCGACAGGAAGAUCACUCUUGACGAACUGGAAGACGGUGCCUCGUACGUGGUAUCCAGCUACAAAACGUUCAAGCCGGCCAGCUAUGGAAAGAAGAAUAACACCUGGUACACGAGUCCCACUGGCGCAGGUAGUAGAGGUGGAGCGAGCGUCGGAGGUGGUGUUGGAGGUUGGCAAAGUAGACCACCAGCGGUGGCGAGUCUCAGCAGGAAAGCUUCCAUCACCGACGAAGCACCACCUCCUGGUGGUGGAAAGCCUUCCUCGGGACGUGUCAUACGAAUCGUUAACAACCACGAUCACACCGUGCAGUGCAGAGUGUUGUUGAACCUCCGCACGUCGCAGCCGUUUGAAGAGGUGUUAGAGGAUCUUGGACAAGUGUUGAAGAUGAAUGGGGCCAAAAGGAUGUUCACGGUUUCCGGGCAAGAGGUGAGAAGCUUCUCGCAGCUGAGGAACGAAUUCGCGGACGUGGACACAUUUUACCUAGGAACGGGAUCUGCAAUAGGUAUGGCAGCGGUCACGGCGUCUCCAGCAAGGAGAUCCAGGUCGAGGGGACCACCCACCGUGGUCGAAGACAUCGGUCGACAACGGCGAGCCCGCAGCAAAAGCAGACCUCGCGCCCUGUACGCCCCUGAUUCUGACGUCGUCCGAGUAAACGAUUACAGCGUAGUGGAAGUGUUGAGAGACGAACCUGCCAGAGUGACGAUCAGAGGAUUGAGAAGAUCCUUUUACCCACCUUCCCAUUUACCACCGGUCGACAAUUCGCCGCCGGAUAAGAAGCUGCAGCUGGAAUGGGUUUACGGAUAUCGGGGCACCGAUACCCGAAGAAAUCUUUGGGUCUUGCCUAGUGGAGAACUCUUGUAUUAUGUGGCGGCCGUGGCUGUUCUCUUCGAUAGAGAGGAAAAUGCACAACGGCAUUAUGUGGGGCAUACGGAGGAUAUUACGUGCAUGGAGGUUCACCCAAGCAGAGAGCUCGUGGCAUCCGGGCAAAAAGCUGGUAGACACAGAAAAGCGCAACCACACGUUCGCAUAUGGUCAACAGAAACCUUGCUCACUCUGUAUGUGUUCGGAAUGACUGAGUUCCAGAUGGGAGUCUCCGCCUUGGCGUUUUCGCAGCUGAACGGUGGCAGUUACGUGCUGGCGGUCGAUGCUGGUAGAGAAGCGAUACUCUCGGUAUGGCAAUGGCAAUGGGGCCAUUUGCUGGGUAAAGUGGCGACGAUGCAAGAGGACCUCACAGGAGCCGCCUUCCACCCCCUGGACGACAACCUGCUAAUAACGCACGGUCGAGGGCACCUCACCUUCUGGAAUAGACGGAAAGACGGUUUCUUUGAGAGGACGGACAUCAUCAAACCCCCUUCUCGGACUCACGUGACGAGCAUCCAGUUCGAGCAAGACGGGGACGUCGUGACGGCAGACAGCGACGGUUUCAUCACCGUCUAUUCUGUGGACGCUGACGGAGCAUACUUCGUUCGCAUGGAAUUCGAGGCGCAUAAUAAAGGCAUCAGCUCACUGGUGAUGCUAUCCGAGGGCACGUUGCUCUCCGGAGGAGAAAAAGAUCGCAAGAUCGCCGCUUGGGAUUCGCUUCAGAAUUACAAGCGGAUUACUGACACAAAGUUGCCAGAAGCAGUAGGAGGAGUCCGCAGCAUUUACCCUCAGCGGCCCGGAAGGAACGAUGGAAACAUAUACGUAGGAACCACGAGGAACAACAUAUUGGAGGGUUCUCUUCAAAGAAGGUUCAACCAAGUAGUCUUCGGCCAUGGCAGACAGCUGUGGGGACUGGCGGUGCAUCCUGACGACGAGGUGUUCGCCACGGCGGGUCACGACAAGAACAUUGCUCUGUGGCGGAGACACAAAUUGUUAUGGACAACGCAGGUCGGUUUUGAAUGUAUCUGCAUUGCUUUCCAUCCCUUCGGAGUGGCGCUCGCCGCCGGCUCCUCCGAGGGUCAUCUUCUAGUUUUGGCAGCGGACACCGGUGCGGCUGUAGCUACCCUCAGAGUUUGUGGAUCACCCUUAUCGUGCAUUGGCUACAAUCCAACCGGAGAAAUCGUGGCGAUGGGUUCUCAGAACGGCAGCGUCUAUCUCUUCAGAGUAUCUAGAGACGGAUUCUCCUACAAGAAGAGCAACAAGAUACGUGGGACGCAGCCGCUGGUGCAGCUCGACUGGAGUUCUGACAGCAGAUUCCUUCAGACGGUCACGCAGGACUACGACCUAGUGUUCUGGGACGUGAAGGCGUUGUCGUCAGAGAAAAGUCCGCUGGUCAUGAAGGACGUCAAGUGGUACACCCAUAAUUGCAUGGUCGGCUACAUGGUGUCCGGAAUGUGGAAUAAUCGUUAUUAUCCAUUGACAACGGUGCUGACUACGUCGAGCAGGUCGGCUGCUCACGACAUGUUAGUCAGCGGCGACGCAGAAGGCUACCUGAGACUGUUCAGAUACCCGUGCACCAGUGCAAAAGCGGAGUACGUGGAAGAGAAAGUGUACAGUAGCCUGGUAGCCUGUGCCAGGUUUCUUUACAACGAUCAGAACGUCGUCACUGUCGGUGGGACCGACGCUGCGCUGAUGCUAUGGGAACUCGUAGACGAGUAGACUCCGGGAAAUUCGCCAUAGAUUUUCUUAAUAUUUUUGCAUUUUACCAGAGGUCCAUUUGAUCUCGAUUACUUUGUCAUGGGACUUUUUUUAAUAACGAGUAAACGUAUCGAACGUUUACCAUUUUAUACUGGAUACGUUUCGGUAUUUGUUCGAAAGGAGUGGAAUAUUGUAACGAUUUUUACGGUCGACUUGAUUCGGUUACUUUUUGUCCGACGAGAAAGUAUGGAGUGGAUUUCAUUCCUGUUAUUGGAAACCAUAAUUGCUCGUCACUGAUAACUCAGCGCCCGGCGCACUUGUACCCUUGUGUCAGUGAAUUCAAGGACGAAUAUACAUUUUUAACGUUUUAAAUACAGUUUCGUACGAUCGGUAUCACUCCCUGAAGGUUGUCGCAUAUCAAAUGCAGUUUUCCGAGCACGUUUUGAUUAAUGAACAUUAUUUUUAACGAAGAUGCUGAAGGUUCUGAAGUGGGCCAUUUCAUAUGCAACAACAGUUUCAUAAUCAGGGCGAUCAGUGAUUCAACGAAGGCAAGAUAUGAUCCGUUAUCGAGCUGAUUGUGUCGCGAAAGUUAUCAGAAAUACAGAACAAGGAUCUAUCUUCCCUUCUAUCAAUUGUUUUGCCAUCGUACAGUCGCAUGCAAGUUGACCUUUCUUAAGAAGCUUGUUUUUUACAUUGUAGGAGAUUCUAAAUUUGUAGUCUCUUCAGGUUCUGUCUGGGUCUCUCUGGACUAUUCUAAAGUUUCCCUACUAGGUUUACCCAGAAUUUAGAGGCUCCUUUUGCUUUCAAACCUUCAAACCUAUAAUGGAAGAUGCAUCCAGUUGUAAUUGUAGCUUCAGAGGAAGCAAAACCCUGGAAUGUAAGAUCUCACAUCCGCCCCUCACAGAAAAUCUCACCUCUAAGAGCGGUUAUCUUUGCACGCGACUGUACGCGAUAACCGGUGGCGAUAACGUUAUCAUGCUAUAACGAUACAGUACAUAUUAAAAGUGUAAUGAAAACGAUACACGUAGGCACACGUUACAUGUGUAUCCGUAGAAAUAAUUAAACAAACAAUGUGCGCACGUUCAGGAGCGUGCGAUGGGGCGCUGGCGCCCCUUUGUAGAUCAUAAGUAACAUAUAGGUUUAAAUGAAAUCCAAGAGGACGACGUUUCCAUGUAGCACUCUUGUACGGGAACGACUUGUUCUUUUCUUCAUUGUUUCGAAGAUUUUAAAGAUAAUAUAACGCUGUUGCGGGUCAACGCGCAUCCGUCGAUCCUUCUGUGUUUCACGAUGAUUAUUUCUAGAAG